AUGGAUGGAAACAGGAACUGCAUUGACCGGAACAACAUCGCGAUCGCGCGCCUGGCCGGCCUCGAGCGCGAUCUCAAGCUGGACCCGGACUCGGGCCAGUUCCAGACGGCGGUGAGCAUCUUGUUCUUCGGCUACCUGCUCAUGCAGGUGCCCUCGAACCUGUUCCUCAACAUGAUCGGGAAGCCCGCGCUGUACCUGCCCACCUGUGUAAGUCAAAGCACAGCGAAGCAAGAAAGAAAAAAAAGCCCCUCCGUCGCGCCUUGGUAA